AUGAGCGUUCAUUUGCAUGCUGGGCACCAGAUUGAGGCAAUCGCCACUCCGCAAGCGUUUGACUCCAGCGAUUUGCUCAACACAAGUACACUGAGUGAGUACACUCACGAUUCCAGUGGAUUCGGCUCGCUCAUUCACGAUCAGAGUGGUGCGAGUAAUUUGUCCGGAUAUCCACGGAGUGCCGAUCGAUCCGGGGCACAAUUUCGAUGGCAGACUCACAAUCUCACUUCACUCGAGAGUGAUACAAGUGAUAUUGGACUUGAUCAAAGUUCAAUGCAAGAACCCGGUCGAUCUCAGAGUCCAAUUAGUCGCACGGACUUUCCCGGUUUGACCACAGCAGUGCCUGUGAAGAGCACAGAGUCACAACCGCAAUCUCCUCUAACCGGGGGAGUCACGAAACUAGAUGGUGUGGAUGAACACGGAGUUAUGGCAUUCCAAGAUACCGCCGUCGACGGCGGCGGUGGCGGUGGCGGGCAACAACAAACGGUUUCGGGUCGACAGUCGCGGAUGUUGGAAGAGAAUUUGGCAUCUGUGGCGCGUUACGUGGAAGAACUAACCGGGUGCGGUACAAGCACUGGUGCGGCAACGGUUGUUCCUUCAAAGUUGUUUAAAUCCGAUUCGGCGCGUGCUCAACAGGCGCCACAGACACCAACACCCGUUCCUCUUAUGGCUGGAGACCAACAAACAAGAAAAGAUGCAUCAGUGGAAAUGAAAUAUUCGUCCCCUAGUGGAAGCGCCGUCCAAAAUCCGUCUCAAACCACCAGUCCAUCAGUUCAAGCAAGUCAGCUGGCCCAAUUACAACAACUGAAUCAGCAGCUGGCUGCUUUGGCGUCCUCCAAUUCAUCGAGGGCAAGCAAAGUGAACGAGCGGGAACUACUGACUAGCGCGGCCCAAGAAUUGCUUCGUCGGUUGAUCUCCAACCAACUUCCCGGACUGUUUGAUAACGCCACCAAUCUACCCAAAGAAAUAAGACCGGAGUUUGAGGACUGGUCUGUUGGCUCGGGAACCGCACAAACGAGGACUCUACUGCCCGGAAUUCCACAGCAGCAGCAACAACAAUUUCAAUUGAAUCAACCUUCUGGAGCUCGUGGUCAGGUUGCAUACGGGACCAGUCUGAUAGAUGCUGGUACUAGUGGCAGCGCGUUCAGACAGUCGGUGAAUCCCUUAAUCAGUAGUACACUGAGAGCAUCACCUUCAAGUACAUAUGCAGACCUGAGAGGUAGUCCGGGGGCUGGUUCCGGUAAUUUCCGUGCCAUGCCUGAAAUGCCAACAUCUGGACGCACUCAGGCCAUGGACCCCACGCUUCUCACCAAUAUUCUUACUCAGUUGGGAUUGCUGGAUAACCUUCAGAUACCAGCUCUGAGCAGUUCCAAUACCCCCGGCACCAAUACCGCUACAGGCACACUGAACACGAGUAAUGCUGUAGCUCUGUUGGCUAGUCUUCUUGCUAACGGACAGAGCUGCAUGUCCGCUGGCAAUCAGAACCCGGAUUCUAUUGCCACGUCAGCCUUGGCAACAUUAUUGUCGAAUUUACAGGCGUCUCGCGACCAGAAUACAGGUCCUCGACCCCUAAUUAGCCGGGACACACAGCGUCGACCGACUAAUCAAAAUGGUCGGCAAACAGAAUUGGGAGGAGCUGGUCUAGUGAAUAGCCUGAUUUCUUCCAGUGGGGUAUCUCGACCGAUGAAUAAUCUGAUGGAAGAACUGCAGCGUCUCGCAGUACCAUAUCAUCAGCUGCUUACAAACAUGGAACCGGAUAUCGAACGUGCAGCAAAUGUGUAUCGGAACUCGGCCAGAAACAUCUCCGCCACGGGAAUGCAGAUCAUUUUGCACAUUCUUCUGAAGCUGAGACACCAAGAUGAUUAUGCACAGCUUUUCGAAGAAACUUACUUUUUCGGUUCCGUUACAGGUUCGAUUGCACAGAAAAGUGAGGCAGCAUAUCACUGGUCUGGAAAGCUACCGGUUCGCGUGUACCGUUCAAUGACAUUUUCACGGAAGGUAUUUCUUGGCGGUGUGCCGUGGGACAGCACAAGCGAGGAUCUAGUAAUGGCGUUCUCUCGCUUUGGUAACGUAACGGUCUCAUGGCCCCAGAAGGACGGCAAUCAAUAUCAUCAAGGUCACGUGAAACAUCCAUCCCCAAAAGGAUAUUGCUAUUUGAUUUACGAACAUGAAUCUUCGGUGUCCGAUUUAUUGGCUGCUUGCGUUCGGGAUCCAAACAACGGGGGAGAUUAUUAUCGCAUCUCUGGUCCAGAAUUCAAGUCGAAAAAUGUUCAGGUUAUACCGUGGGUAAUAAGUGACAGCCAGUACACAAAAUCUGGUCCCUAUCGACCGGACACGAAGCGCACGGUUUUCAUUGGUGCAUUGCAUGGGAUGAUCACGGCAGAAGCGUUGGUGACAAUAAUGAACGAUUUGUUCGGUAAUGUGGUUUUCGCUGCUUUGGAUACCGACCGAUACAAAUAUCCUAUAGGAUCGGGACGAGUGGCCUUUUCCAGUCACAAGAGUUAUAUGCGUGCGGUGACUGCAAACUUUGUGGAUGUUCGCACGUCUAAAUUUACCAAGACAAUCCAAAUAGAUCCGUACCUAGAAGACGCAUAUUGUGAUAGCUGUGGCACAACUCCUGGAAUCUACUUUUGCCGCGCGUUCGACUGCUUCCGCUACUUUUGUCCAGUCUGUUGGCAACUUUGGCAUAAUUCGACUGAGACGCUGCUCACGCACAAACCACUGCGACGCACAUUCAAACCGUUUAGCGAUAUGCCCUGGUCCACUCCGAACAAAUACUGA